CCGGAGCGCGAGGCCGAGCCGGCCAAAGAGGCGCGCGUCGUGGGUUCCGAGCUCGUGGACACUUACACGGUUUAUAUCAUACAGGUCACCGAUGGCAACCAUGAGUGGACAGUCAAGCACCGCUACAGUGACUUCCAUGACCUGCAUGAAAAGCUUGUUGCAGAGAGAAAGAUUGAUAAAAAUCUACUUCCUCCCAAAAAGAUAAUUGGGAAAAAUUCCAGAAGCUUGGUGGAAAAAAGGGAGAAGGAUCUGGAGGUGUACCUCCAGACUCUGCUGGCUGCCUUCCCUGGCGUGGCCCCUAGAGUGCUGGCCCACUUCUUACAUUUUCACUUCUAUGAAAUAAAUGGCAUUACUGCAGCACUGGCUGAAGAUCUCUUUGAAAAAGGAGAACAGCUCCUGGGGGCCGGUGAGGUCUUUGCCAUCAGGCCCCUGCAGCUCUAUGCAGUCACUGAGCAGCUGCAGCAAGGAAAACCCACCUGCGCCAGUGGAGAUGCCAAGACUGACCUUGGGCACAUUCUGGACUUCACCUGUCGCCUUAAAUACCUUAAGGUUUCUGGCACAGAAGGACCUUUUGGAAACAGCAACAUUCGGGAACAACUCCUGCCAUUUGACUUGUCCAUAUUCAAGUCUCUUCACCAGGUGGAGAUAAGUCACUGUGAUGCAAAGCACAUCCGAGGGCUGGUUGCCUCAAAGCCCACCUUAGCCACGAUGAGUGUCCGCUUCUCGGCAACCUCAAUGAAGGAAGUCCUCGUGCCCGAAGCCUCAGAAUUUGAUGAGUGGGAGCCAGAAGGCACAACACUUGAAGGCCCUGUGACUGCUGUCAUCCCCACAUGGCAGGCGUUGACCACUCUCGACCUGAGCCACAACAGCAUCUCUGAGAUCGACGAGUCUGUGAAACUGAUCCCAAAGAUUGAGUUCUUGGACCUGAGUCACAAUGGAGUGCUGGUCGUGGACAACCUGCAGCACCUGUACAACCUCGUGCACCUUGACCUGUCCUACAACAAGCUGUCCUCCUUGGAAGGCGUCCACACCAAGCUGGGGAAUAUCAAGACCCUGAACCUGGCAGGCAACCUCCUAGAGAGUCUGAGUGGCCUGCACAAGCUGUACUCCCUGGUCAACCUGGACCUCAGUGACAACAGGAUUGAGCAGAUGGAAGAGAUCAGGAGCAUAGGCAGCCUCCCAUGUCUGGAGCAUGUGGCCCUGCUGAAUAAUCCUCUGAGCAUCAUCCCUGACUACCGGACCAAGGUGCUUGCUCAGUUCGGAGAGCGGGCUUCUGAGGUCUGUCUGGAUGACACGGCAACCACAGAGAAAGAGCUGGACACUGUGGAAGUACUAAAAGCAAUUCAGAAAGCCAAGGAUGUCAAGUCCAAACUGAAUAACCCAGAGAAGAAGGUUGGUGAGGAUUCUCGGCUCUUAGCUGCCCCCUGCGUUGGACCCAGUGGCUCUCCUCCCACCACGGCUCCCACCUCUGCCUCCCUGCCCCAGCCCAUCCUCUCCAACCAAGGGAUCAUGUUCGUGCAGGAGGAGGCCCUGGCCAGCAGCCUCUCAUCUACUGACAGUCUGACUCCCGAGGACCGGCCCAUUGCUGGGGGCUGCUCUGAUUCCUUGGAGUCCAUCCCUGCAGGACAGGCAGCUCCGGAUGACCCAAGGGACGUGCCAGGAGCUGUUGGUGGUGCAAGCCCAGAGCACGCAGAGCCAGAGGUGCAGGUGGUGCCUGGGUCUGGCCAGAUCAUCUUCUUGCCCUUCACUUGCAUCGGCUACACGGCCACAAACCAGGACUUCAUCCAGCGCCUGAGCACGCUGAUCCGCCAGGCCAUCGAGCGGCAGCUGCCUGCCUGGAUUGAGGCUGCCAAUCAGCGUGAGGAGGCCCAGGGCAAUCAGGGGGAUGAGGACGAGGAUGAGGAUGAGGAAGAUGUUGCCGAGAACCGCUACUUUGAAAUGGGACCCCCAGACGCAGAGGAAGAGGAGGAGGGAGGCCAGGCGGAAGAGGAGGAGGAGGAGGAGGAAGAUGAAGAAGAUGAGGAAGCUGAGGAGGAGCGCCUGGCCCUGGAGUGGGCCCUGGGCGCAGAUGAGGACUUCCUACUGGAGCACAUCCGCAUCCUCAAGGUGCUGUGGUGCUUCCUGAUCCACGUGCAGGGUAGCAUCCGCCAGUUCGCCGCCUGCCUCGUGCUCACUGACUUUGGCAUCGCCGUCUUUGAGAUCCCACACCAGGAGUCGCGGGGCAGUAGCCAGCACAUCCUUUCAUCCCUGCGCUUCGUCUUCUGCUUUCCACAUGGAGACCUCACCGAGUUCGGCUUCCUCAUGCCAGAGCUGUGUCUGGUGCUCAAGGUGCGGCACAGCGAGAACACGCUCUUCAUCAUCUCGGAUGCCGUGAACCUACAUGAGUUCCACGCUGACCUGCGUUCCUGCUUCGCCCCACAGCACAUGGCCAUGCUGUGCAGCCCUGUCCUCUAUGGCAGCCACACUAGCCUGCAGGAGUUCCUGCGCCAGCUACUCACCUUCUACAAGGUGGCUGGUGGCUGCCAGGAGCGCAGUCAGGGCUGCUUCCCCGUCUACCUGGUCUACAGUGACAAGCGCAUGGUACAGACGGCCGCAGGGGACUACUCCGGCAACAUCGAGUGGGCCAGCUGCACACUCUGCUCAGCUGUUCGCCGCUCUUGCUGUGCACCCUCCGAGGCUGUCAAAUCUGCUGCCAUUCCUUAUUGGCUGCUACUCACACCCCAGCACCUCAACGUCAUCAAAGCUGACUUCAAUCCCAUGCCCAACCGUGGCACCCACAAUUGCCGCAACCGCAACAGCUUCAAGCUCAGCCGCGUGCCGCUCUCCACAGUGCUGCUGGACCCCACCCGCAGCUGCACCCAGCCACGGGGCGCCUUUGCCGACGGCCAUGUGCUUGAGCUACUUGUUGGCUACCGCUUUGUCACUGCCAUCUUUGUGCUACCCCAUGAGAAAUUCCACUUCUUGCGUAUCUACAACCAGCUGCGGGCCUCCCUGCAGGACCUGAAAACUGUGGUCAUCGCCAAGACUCCUGCAACUGGGGCCAGGUCUCAGGGCCCCCUUGUGGAUGGCCAGCCUGCUGAGGGUAGGGCCAGUGAUGACCAGCAUCCCCAGGAGGGACCAGCAGAGGCUCUGGCUCCAGCCCCAGCCCCAGCUCCAGUGGAGGUCCCAGCUCCAGUCCCAGCAGCAGCUUCAGCUCCAGGCCUACCAGAGGCUCCAGCAGAGGCUCCAGCUCCAGCUCCAGCCCCAGCUCCGGCCCCAGCUCCAGCCCCAGUCCCAGCCCCAGUGGAAUCUCCUCCAACUCUGCCUCCAGCUCCAGCUCCGGCUCCAGCUCCAGCUCCAGCUCCAGCAGAGGCCUCAGCUCUAUCUUUGGUGCCAGAAAAGGGCCCAGUAGAGACCCCGGCUCCAGCUCCAGCCCCAGCAGAGGCCCUGGCACAAGCUGAGGUCCCUGCCCAGUAUCCAACCGAGCACCUGAUCCAAUCCACUUCAGAGGAGAAUCAGAUUCCCUCGCACUUGCCUGUCUGCCCGUCACUCCGGCACAUUGCCAGCUUACAGGGGAGCGCCAUCAUUGAGCUCUUCCACAGCAGCAUCGCUGAGGUUGAAAACGAGGAGCUGAGACACCUCCUGUGGUCAUCAGUGGUGUUCUACCAGACCCCAGGGCUGGAAGUGACUGCCUGUGUGCUGCUGUCCACCAAGGCUGUGUACUUCGUGCUACAUGAUGGCCUCCGUCGUUACUUCUCAGAGCCACUGCAAGAUUUCUGGCAUCAGAAAAACACUGACUACAACAACAGCCCCUUCCACAUCUCCCAGUGCUUUGUGCUUAAACUCAGUGACCUGCAGUCAGUCAACGUUGGCCUUUUUGACCAGUACUUCCGUCUGACCGGCUCCUCCCCGACACAGGUGGUCACGUGUUUGACGCGGGACAGCUAUCUGACGCACUGCUUCCUGCAGCACCUCAUGUUGGUGCUCUCCUCUCUGGAGCGCACACCUUCACCAGAGCCUGUUGACAAGGACUUCUACUCAGAGUUUGGGAACAAGACUACAGGGAAAAUGGAGAACUACGAGCUGAUCCACUCAAGCCGCGUCAAGUUUACCUACCCCAGUGAGGAGGAGGUUGGGGACCUCACAUACACUGUAGCCCAGAAGACGGCUGACCCAGAGAAGGCCCCAGGCCUCAGCAUCCUGCUGUAUAUACAGGCCUUCCAGGUGGGCACGCCACCACCUGGGCGCUGCAGGGGCCCGCUGCGCCCCAAGACACUUCUGCUUACCAGUGCCGAGAUCUUUCUCCUAGAUGAAGAUUAUGUCCACUACCCACUGCCUGAGUUUGCCAAAGAGCCACCCCAGAGGGACAGGUACCGGCUAGACGAUGGCCGUCGUGUCCGGGACCUGGACCGCGUGCUCAUGGGUUACCAGCCCUACCCGCAGGCCCUCACUCUCGUCUUUGAUGAUGUGCAAGGCCAUGACCUUAUGGGCAGCGUCACCCUGGACCAUUUUGGGGAGAUGCCAGGUAGCCCUGCCAGGGCUGGCCAGGGUCGUGAGGUCCAGUGGCAGGUGUUUGUCCCCAGUGCCGAGAGCAGAGAGAAGCUCAUCUCAUUGUUGGCCCGCCAAUGGGAAGCCCUGUGUGGCCGGGAGCUUCCUGUUGAGCUCACUGGCUAGCCCAGGCUGCACCCAGCUUUGCACCUGCCCUGUCCAGCCUGGUGCCUGCUCCAGGCAGGGAAGCAGGCUUUCUUUGUUCUUUUAAAAAUGUUCUUUCCCCUACCUUUUGGUACCUUAAUUUGACUGUCCUCACAGAGAAUGUGGACAGGUGUUCAGUCAGUUCUUUCUGAUGCUGGGAGCAAGAAAGCCAGGCCCCUCAAGGUGUCUAUGUACCUUCAGCCUCCCAUGGCGCCUCGCCUGCCCUGGAGUGGUGUGGUCGGGCGCCUCAGCGUCGUGUCUGUUACUGUGAUGCCGUUGCUAACCUGUGGCGCUGUGGAUCUGAUCGGCCCUCCGCGUCCUUCCCCAGAGUGUCAAGUCCAGUCCUAUGUUGUUGCUGCUGCUGUCGUUGUGGGCAUUUUGCUGCUAAUUGUGAAGCUGGCAGCAGAGUGCACAUGAGAAGCCCCCUCCCCGGGCAGUUUUUCAAAGUGGAGGCCUCCCCUGGUCCAGACAAGUAGGGGAGCCUUCUGGGGGAAGGAGUCCCCCAGGCCUUGGGGCUGAGAGGGGUGGGGGCAGGGGACCUAAAGCUGCCAGCACCAAGUGUGAUUCCUGUUGCCUAUUUUCUCUAUUCCAAUAAAGCAGAGUUUGACACAGUC